UCCUACAAGCGCGGGUAUACACACACAUACACGCAUAUAUAUAUAUAUAUAUAUAUAUACACAUAUAUAUAUACACACGUAGGCAUACAUCACAGAUGUAUCCACAUGCGCGCGCGCGCAAUCCUGCGUGUGGAUACCCUCGCCGGGCGAAUCCUUUCAGUGAACGGCGGGACUGGUCGCGACUAUGAGCGAAUCGCGGCCGCGAUGAUUACUAUCACUUCAUCGACGAUAAGCGGUAAUUGAACGCGAGUGCCCCAAAGUUCGCGCGAGUGUCAGCCGCCGGAAUACUGGCGGAUGUCGAGAGUGACACGUUCGAGAGUGACGAUUCGACUAAUUAGUCGCGAGUCAAGUGUGCCGCGAAAUACGUGAACGAGAGGAAGAGAGAGAGAUAUAUAUAUGUACGUAUCGACGAAUAUUCGCGAAACUGUCAUAAAGCGGUGACAGUGCGGAGACAACAGUGGUAAACAGGAUCGUAACGCGGACAGGUAGUAGUGAAAGACAGUCGCGGGUGACAAGUGACAGAUCGUAACGAGGGGGUGGCAGAAGCGGAGGACAGUAGCGGCAAACGCGGACACCGUGCUCGAGCUCGGGGAUAGAGACUCGCGGUGGCUCGACCGGUUGACAGAGGGUUUCGGUGGAUCAGCUGAUACCGCGAUCCACCGCGAUAUAAACGCGACGAUGGAUCAACGUGGCGUGUAUCUACCCUCCUACGUGCGGCAUGUAUCGCCACAACGGCAAUCAUGCGAGCACGCUUAAUCUACGCAUAUACGCAUUAUCGUCGCGGUUCACCACCGAUGAGGAUUCAAUUAAACCUCCCGCGAGGAAGGUCAAGUAGCGUCAUGCGAGCGACCUAUACGGAGCUACAGGAGGCCCGAGAGUUUUAAUUAAAACUCGCCCGCGGGAUUCUCAUUAUCGCGCCUCGUAUUCGGGAUUAAUUAGCCUCGGAAAAGGGAAGGAAAGAGAGAGAUAGAAAGAAAGAGAGAGAGAGAGAGAGAGCGAUAGCGACCGGGGUGAAAGGGUGAUAUAGGAGGACGUGAUUUUCCCGGUGGCGCUCGUAUAUCGUGCUCGUAAUAUCGUACGACAAGUUUUGUGCGACGCGCCGCGAGCUCCUCGGGCUCGCUCUCGUCGCUCUCUCAUGGACGAGCCUCUUCUCCGGUCGCGCCGCGGCUGGUUUGCGGCUUACAAUUAGUGAUUGCGACGGUUUUUAUAACAGCAGUGCGCGCUUUCGCGGCCGUGCCGAGUGCUCUGAUCGCCGCGAGGAUUUCUGCGUGAGAAGAUAUAAGUAGUCGUUUGCAGGGACAGACGAGAAAAGCGAGAGACAGACACGUUAUAAAUUCUUGACUCGCUCUUCCGGCGAUGAUGUCGAAGUGAAACGAUUUUCGGUAAUUAGCGAUAGAGCCCGUUCUAACGCACGCAAGGCGCAAAUAUUAUGUGAGGAGAAAGUCGCGACGAGGGAAACGAAGAUGUCCGUCGUCAGCAUCGUCGCAUGGCUGCUCGGUGCCGUCGCUUUGGCUGCGAUUAAUAAUGAAGUGCACUGUCACAAUAUGCCGCAAAGCGGUAACGGCAAGAAUGGCGACACGUUCAACCAGAAUGCUCUGGAGGAGACUGUACGGUCGACGGGGCCGUACUUUGACAAAUCAGUCUCGACGAACGUGACCGCGCUCUUAGGAAAGACCACGUACCUCAAUUGCCGUGUCAAAAACUUGGGCAACAAAACGAUGACGCUACAAGUAUCGUGGGUCCGGCACAGAGACGUCCAUUUGCUUACAAUUGGCCGUUACACGUACACGAACGACCAACGAUUUCGCGCGAUCCACGUCGCCCAUUCGGACGACUGGAUGCUCCAGAUAAAAUAUCCGCAGCAUCGGGACAGCGGUAUUUACGAGUGCCAGGUCUCCACGACGCCCCACAUGAGUCGUCUAGUCCAUUUAAAUGUAGUCGAGCCAAAAACCGAGAUACUGGGUGCGCCGGAUCUGUUCAUCAAUCGAGGUAGCACCAUCAAUCUCACAUGCGUCAUCUUACAGAGUCCAGAGCCGCCCGCUUACAUUUUCUGGAAUCACAACGAUGCGAUAAUCAGCUACGACUCGAACAGAGGCGGCGUCUCCGUGGUCACAGAGAAGGGUGACAGCACGACGAGUUUCCUCCUGGUUCAAGAGGCGAAGCCGUCGGACUCGGGACGGUACACUUGUAACCCCAGUAAUGCUCAACCGAAAUCGAUCACCGUACACGUACUCAACGGAGAGUAUCCCGCGGCAAUGCAGCACGGCGGUCAGGCCAAGCAACCGAGGCUGUACUCUCUUCUACUCUGCCUGUGUCUGUUACUUUACUAAUUGCUCCAUUCCAUCGCGCAUUUUCGAAGGAAGAAGUCGGAGAGCACUUUAGAGCGAAUGGGAAUGUGUGUGAGUACGCAUGUGUGUGUGUGUGCGCAUUUGUGUGCGUGAAUAUAUGCUGUGUAAGAGAAGAAAGAGAGAGAGAGAGAGAGAAAGAGAGGUAUCUUCGUCACACGGGUCGCGUGAAAAUUGCCCAAGUGUCACGAAUGCCAUGGCGGGAUAGGAUGGUGCGACCGACGAGGAUGCUUUUGACUGUGCACCGGAACGAUGACUCUUUCGGAACGACGACAACGCGCCCGGAAGGAACGGUGCGACCGAGCAUUGCGACGGCGCUUUUAACAGCGGCUUCGCAUAGGCCAUGCGACGAUCCGGGAUCGCGGAUAUAUACAUGAUACGAUAAUAAUACAUGUAAGAGAGCACGCGCACAAAUGUGUCACGAUUACGAAACCGUAACACACAAGCGCCGACGUACAGUCGAUUUCAAUAACGAUGGACGCUGCUUAUUCGCGAAUGAGCUCAUACAAUUUCACGUUACAGAGAAAAAGAGAGUACGUUUAUUCGACGAAUAAGCCGCAAUUCAACGUUGAUGAAAUUGCACAAAGGGCAGUUAAAAUACGCAAACGAGAGAAUAUGAUGUCCGGGAUAUCGCGCAGAAAUCGCGGACGUUUUUAGUUCUCAUUUAAAUAUUCUGACCUUUCAUUUAAAUAAUCGAGCUUUAAAUAAAAAUCCUCUCUAAAUAAAAGUCCUCGAUGCAAAACAUGACUUUCCCGAUUCAUUUGCAUUUCAUCGAAGAUCUUUGAAUUUCAAUUUUUCGCAAUUCAGAAAGACUCUCGAAACAAUCGACUCUCCUCUCUCCAAGUGCGACGACAAAUACCUCCGGCUCGAGAAAAAAAGUGGAUCUUCCGGGGAUGUGUACACACACACACACACACACACACACACACACACAUACACACAAAGAUCGAAGCGGGUUGAAAAGGAACAACGAGAAGGUACGCGAGUGCUUGGCUUUCUCCGCGAUUAAUUCGGACAGACUCGAGGAGUGUCUGCCGAUUCACUUUCCGGUCGGCGAGGCUCAACAGCGACGACUGCAUCGAGGAAGAAGAAGAACGUAUGCGUUGCCAUGCAACCGCGACUUUGACCGGUAUACGCUUCGGAAUCCGCGCAACUGGAUGACCAUCAACGAUCGACACAACGACCGAUGUGUAUACCGCUAUAUAUUCUUUCACGACCGUGCACACAAGAGCCUUUUGUGCGAUCCUCGCAAUUCUCAUGUUCCAAUAUUGACACCGCCGCACUUCCGGCGACGAGCGAGCGGUAAAAUCUCGAGUCUCUAUCACCGCGAUCGGCGGGUAUUGCGGAAGCGAUUAUCGCGUAAUCGAAUCGCACGCGUCUCUCGACAUUCUUUUCUCUUGUUCCUUUUAAUGUUUCGGAUAGCACGUCCUCCACGGCAUCUCUCGUAUCAAUCGACGCUAAAAGUUUCACACGUUUCUCGAUCGAAAUCGGUAAAUAGCGUGAAUUUUUAUUUUAUUAUUGUUUACCUUGUAUUUCGAUUAUAAGCGAUCGUGCUUCUUCACACUCGCGGAACGCCAUCAACGUUUAUUUAAAACGAUGUAAUUAACUUAUGCGAAACACUAGUCGGAUAUUGUGAAAUUCAACAGCAAUUAACGCUUCUGUACCGACAGUUGUCAUCAAGAGAUGCAGAGACAAAGCGAGAUUCGCGCAGUGCAUGACAUGAUAUUUGCAUUAAAUCCAAUCGCGCGCGUUAUCUCCGAUGCGUUGUAAAAGUUCAAGGGGAAACAGAAUUUUUUACAUUACAAAGCAAGAGAAUAUUUAUACAGAGAGAAUGGCGUAAAGAAAUUUUCUUCGACAAAUUUUUUAAUAUUAAUAGAAUUAUAUAAUCCAGAGUAAUAUUUCUAAAGCAAUGUAAAAUUCAUUGUACCAUUCGCGCAAGAUUUCAAGACACAUUUGACUGAUAUCUCUGUCAUAAAGCAAAUUAAAUUUCGUAAACGCACGAGAGACUUCUUUCUGUGUUGGAAUUAAUAAAAAUAUCUUAUUAAAAAAGCAGCAUAUA